AUGAGCACACCCACGAGCUUCCCUGGCGCCGUUCCUCCCCCACCCGGUGUCAUCCCCGAUCUGCAGAACCGGGUGCAGACCAGCGGUCAGCCAGGACACACUGCCGCCUUGGUGAUCUUUUGGUUUCUAGUGAUCAUCUUUGGCGCGGGCAGAGCCUGCUCGAAAUGGACGGCAUCUCCCAGACCCCAGCUUGAGGACUGUUCCUUUGCAGCGGCAAGCUGGGUCUACAUCACUUCGAUUGUAUGCACUCCUGCGGCGUAUUUGACCAAAGUGACCCUCCUCCUCCUCAUCGCGCGCGUCUUCUCAGUCAAGCGCCAUGUCGAAUGGCUCAUAUACGGCUUUGUCAUCGCCAUCACGCUCUGCUACCUGUCCAUAUUGGUGUUCAAGAUCAUCAUGUGCGUUCCCGUCGCCGCGUUUUGGGAUCCCAGCGUGCGAGCUCACUACCGCGUCGACGCGCGCAAGCUCUGGAUGGCCGAAAACACCGUCAACUUCGUCACAAACCUAGCCGCCAUGUUCCUUUCCAUAUCGCUCGUCGUACCGUUGCGGAUAUCGCUGGCCGAGAAGGUCAGGAUCAGUUUGCUGAUCUGCAUCGGCAGCAUCACCAUCUUCGCUAGCGGAUACAAGCUCGUCAUGAUGAGCAAAGAAGUCUCCGAUCCGGAUUUGUCGGGGGCCGCUGGCAUAGUGAACACUCUCUCGAUGCUCGAGCUGACAGUCGGCUUCGUCUGCGCCUGCUUGCCUCCAAUCACCAUCACGAUCGAGAGGAGCUGCAACAAAGACCGCGUCUUCUCCAACAUUCCCAGACCCAGGCUGUACAAGAGAAUAGCGUCCCACUAUGAAUGGCCCUCGGCGCCCCGGACCACCGCCACCACGACCACAUCACGAACAGGCCGGUUUGACUAUCGUCACCCUCGACAAGCUGCUAUAAGUGGCACCGACGCCGACGUUGAACUAGCCGUGCUGCCAGCCAGUAGAAUCCAGGGCGCAUCAUCCUCACCGGCCACCUCACGCUGGCUGCCGGGACUGGACUUGAGGUCCUACCCAACGACGGCAGACGCAGCAGCUGCCGGCGCCACAGCAAACCGCAGCCCAGGUAUCGGAUGGGCCGAUAGCCGAGCCGAGGACUGGCCAUUCCAGCGGACUCUAAUGGAUGAGCCGGAGCAGAUCCGCAGUCGCUCGGCCGGGACGUUGCAGCAGACAACGUCCUGGCCCUCGCCGAAACCGGCCGCCAUGAAAAAGUGGCGCUUCUCUUAUACAAGGAGCCACAGAGCGCCUCCGUCGUCCGAGUCUAUGGGCGGCAUCAUGCGCACCAUCGAGAUUACGCUCGAGACCUCCGAUGCUGCCGAGCCCCCUGACGGCAAUCCCACUGGUGACGAUGGCACCGGCGGGCAGAGCAGUAGCCGUGGAAUGCCACCGCCUUUGGUAGGGAUGACGCGGGCCGCCGCGGGGAGCCGCUCCAGAGCCAUCCAUGCUCGCAUUUGGGAUGGAAAGUCACACGACCUUGGCACUCGAGCAAUAGGAUACUCCGAAUGA